UCAGCUUCUUCUUCUUCAAUCCUCCCGUCCACCUCAGUACCCGACGAGCGACGAAGGCACAGGACAGAACCACAGCCACAGAAACUCCUCCGUCGAUAGCCAUUUCUAGUAUCCUUCGGCAAACCCUCUCUGUUCCAACAGGAAGCGUCUCCUCCCGUUGGGGACUCCCCGGCAAGCGGCGAGAACGAAAGCGCGGCGACAGCCAUGCCUCGCCCUUCGCAGCUCUACCUCCUCGCCUACAACUCCCUCCAAUCCCUGGGAUGGUCACUCGCCUUGUUCCGCCUCCUGGCCUGUCUCGCACCUCCCGUCUCCGUCCACCCCGCAUACGCCCUCGCCGGUGACCUCAUAUGCUUCCUGCAGACUUGCGCUGUUCUUGAGACUGUCCAUGCCGCCGUCGGAUUGGUGCCCACCUCGCCGUUUCUCGCUUUCCUGCAAUGGGGAGGGAGGACCCACUUCGUUCUCGCCCUUCUCCGGCAAAUCCCUGAGGUGAGAACCGACGGCCAUUGCAAAAUUCCAGUGCGACUUCGUGGACAAAACGUUCAGGGCAGUCCGUCUGUGUUCAUAACGUUUAUGGCUUGGAGUAUAUCUGAGGUCAUCAGAUACUCCCAUUAUGCUCUUACUACCUUAAAAGUUUGUCCAGCAUGGCUGACUUAUCUCAGGUACACUGCUUUUAUCCCGUUGUAUCCGAUCGGGGUAGGACCAGGAGAAAUGUGGACUAUCUACCAAGCUCUUCCAUUUGUGAAGGAGCGGGAGCUCUACUCAGGCUUGUUUGCAAAGUUCUCCAUGAGCUACCAUUCCUUUCUCGUGGGUGGUCUGCUGUGCUAUCCGCUUCUGUGGCUGAAGCUGUACCUGCAUGUGUUCAAGCAGCGCAAGUCCAAGCUAGGAAAGGUGGACAGGAGGAAGAAACGGGCUUGAGAAAAAUCGGUUCAGCUCAGCUGAAAUUCAGGACGCGAGCAGAUUGUUCGGGGAUCUUGCAGCUGAGCUGAACAGCAACUUAAUAUGUUAUUACUGGCAGAUUACUGGGGGUUGUUUACCUUGGAACAGCAACUUAUUGUGUUAUAUUAGCAGGCUACUAUUGAUUUCUAUCAGAUUUAGUUUGUAGGAUUGGAAUGUAGAUGCUGCACAACUCAUUAUCUAUAACAUGUGGAUUUGGAAAGAGUUGGGAAAAUUACUUGACCACUUGUGUACCUAAGAAAAUAACUUCCUGUUCUUUCGCUAUAGUUGGUAAAAGCAUACUGCUUGAAUAUAUUUCUGGGAGUUUACAUUUAUAGGGUUACAGUAUUAA